GUCACCGCCAUCUACUGAGCCCGCCCCACUGGUGAUUCGCGAGGCCGUGAAUGUGGAGGCGUUGCGGCAGCUUUGCAGGUUGCGGGCAACCGAUGAGCUGCGUUUGCCAGACAACCCGCGCACCCUGCGGCGAGAGCUCUUCAUUGUGUUGAAACGUCUUGAUAGCUCCAAUGAGAUGCCUGUUGUGUGGCGUGACGGACCGCCCUGCACAAGGGUCGGAAGGAAGGGGCGGAGGUACAGCGGAGUAUCUGAUGUGGGCCAGCUGCCGAAGGAGCUGCAAAAAGAUGUGGAGGACAUCAUGGAGCGGGUCGGCGCGAGCUGCUGGGAUGUGACCAGAGGGCUCUUCACCCUUCCGAGGGAGGUCAGGAACGCGCUCCGUGCGCCAGAGGGGCUGGACGUCGACCAGUCGAUGUGCCACUGCUACGCACAGCGAAGCAGACAUGCGCCCGAGGACACCCCGAAGCUUCGCCACUACAUCGAGAACAGGCUGAUGAAUAUCGGCGGGGAGCCGUUGAUCCGCCGCGUUCUUCACAAGGCGAACAAGACGCUCCAGGACAUGCCGAAGUUCGUACUGGAGUUCCAAGCCGAGCAGUCGGUGCUGUUGGGCAAAGACGUAGCAAACCACCCGGAGCUGGCGCGACAGCUGCCCCCUGGCACUUUGCAGAGCGUGCUGAACGAGGAGUACGAGCGGAAGAACACGGACCUCUUGGCCGAGCUCUCGUCUGCCUUUGGGCUGGUGAACAGCUACGAGCACGACGGCAUCUACUGCCUUGCCAUGCCCUCCCAGCAUUCUGAGCUCCUUGCAAGGGCCAACGCCAUCGUGCCGGUCAAGGGCACUGGACCAUGGAGCGUUGAAACGGCAGUGGAGGCACUUCGGCAGCGGUUCCCUUCUCUGUCAUGGGAUGAGGUUGACGAGCGUUGGGAGCUCCAGCAGGAGAAAUGUAUGGAGAUCCGCAGAAGAUGUUUGCAUGGGCAGAAGAACUUCCCGAAGCUCUUGGCCGACGUCGUGCCGUACCACCGACUGGCCUCGGGCUACAUGGUGAAGGAGGUGUUCAAGGCAGUGCCCGUGCGGGAGGACAAGAUGUGUCUCAUGUUCUUCGUGGAUGGAUGCUGGGCGACUUACCAGUGGUGGUGCAUCAGAUGCAUCCUCCUGCAGCGCAUGAACGGAGGGCUCUUCGACAUGUCUUGGCACUUGAGUCUUGACGGCGACGACACUCGCCACAUCUUCGCAUACAAUGACGGCACCUUCCAAGACACCAGGGACUACACCUUGAAACCCAUGCGCCCGGGAAUUCCGGUCACUUGGAACGCGGACCGGCCAUACCCCGGCGCCCUCAUUGCUGAGCUUGAGGCCAAGAUGACGCUCAACCUUGUGGAGAUCCUCACCAGGGGCUUUCGGUACAGCCCGGAGCUAGAGCGUGACCUUGACCGGGUAGCUUCGAUCCUCCCUUUCUACGAGAUCAUGGCAAGCUGCCACGAGGACCCGCCCACGACCUUCCACGUGUUGAAAGGUAUGGCCAGAGUCAAAGCUGCGCCUGAAAACUUUGAGGAAGCCAGGUUCCACCAGGGCGAAGGUCAGAACGGAAAGGGCUUGAUGAAUGCCCUCUUUCGUACCUUCUGCGGCGAGUACCACGUCGAGCCCAAAGCCGAUGUGUUUUCUGCGUUCUCAGACCCUUCAGGCACCUCCAUACCGCUACUUCAGCUACGAGGCCGUCGGUCGAUGUCGGUCAACGAAGUGGAAGCUGGAGUGAAGAUGAGGAGUGGGAUGUUGAAAGAUCUCCGAGAUCAAUCGUCCUUCGUGGAAGCAAGAGGGCUGUACAAGGAUCCGGUGCGCUUCCGACCACAAUUCAUGAUGAACUUCUCCAGCAACGCCUCUUUUGAAUUUCGUGCGAUUGACGGUGGUAUGAGGCGCAGCUUCACGGCCAUUCCGUGGCCUUUCAAGUUUGUGGCCAGGCCGGCGCCCAACAGCAACGAGAGACAGCUUCGGAACAAUCUGAAGCAGCGAGACUUUCUGCUGGCGAAUGUGAUCCCGUCCAUGGAGAUCAUCCUGAAGGAAGUGGAUCUGAUGUUCUUGAGAGACAGUGUCAGCACGCUGGUGGAGCCGAGAACGCAGUCGGUUCUGGCAUGCACCGCCCACCUGUUUGAGUCCUUGCAGCUCCAGGAUAUCAGGGAGGUCCUCGACUCCAUACCGCUCAGCCCCAACGCUGCCCUGGCCAGCUCACAGGGCGAUGUUCGGAAGUUCUUCCGCGACCACGAUGCGGUGAAGGGGCUCAAGCUGUCCGGCAAGCAACUUGACAGGCUGCUGCAGGAGGUGCUG